GCACAAAAUUCUAGUUCGUUUCUUUUAUUUGUCGAGGUUCAUUUCAACAAUGAAUCCGCAUUCUACCAUAUAAGAAGAUGGGAAAACAGUCAAUGACUUCUAUACAGUGACCAAUAAUACAGGACAUAAAAUGGGAUUCUGCUUUUGAAACCAGAAUUUGUGGUAUCCUUGUUCAAACAUUGGUUUAAAUUUCUCAUUUUUAAAUAUUUCAAUAAGCUGCUCAUGUGUUAGAAUGGAUUCAUCUGUGAUUGAGGUAGUUUGUCCAUGCGUUAAAGUCAGUAAUAUCCAUGUGAAGAAUGUUUCCAAAUCUUUUAUUUAUGUUGUCAAAGAAUAGUACCUAAUAGACAUAAUAUAUUAAACAGUGUUAUUGACAAAUAUAGAUCUAUAGGGCGAGUUGAUUUGUGUUCAAAUUAUCUGAUUGCUUAAACUAGCUUAUAGAUCUAGCGACGAAAUAAAGAAAAUUAAAUGCAAUUUUUCUCUUCCUUUGUACCCCCUACGAUUGUCUCAGGCUCCGCGGAUCACAGUUUGAAUAUUAGAUAAGAAGAUGUCUUUUGCCACGAGAUUAGAACCUUUGAAAGUCUUAAUUAAUUAAAUUGAAUAUUUUACGACUACCAAGAAAUGUCGAUAGGUCUUUAGGCUAGAAACGAACUUGACCAAUCAUUUAUUUUUUUCUCUAUUUUCCACACUCGUUAGCUCUAGUCUAGAUUAUCUAAUCUAGAUUCUAGAAUCUAUAUAGUUAGGCUCUAUCUUUAGAUCUAGAAUAUAUUUCUAGAUAGGCAUGAAAUCUAGAUCUACAAUCUACAACCAGUGUGUGUUCUGGUCAGGUACAUCUUAUGGAGUGAAAACUAUGGUUUGACUAAUGAGAAUUGCCAGAACCGACUAACCUCUUUUCAAGGACAUGCCGAGGCGCUUAAGAAAACCAAACUACACUCAUGAGGAGACCAUGAUUCUUUUGGAGCACCUUGACAUGCACAAGCAUGUGAUCUACGGCAAAGGGAGCAACCAAGAGCGGGCGGACGUCUGGGCAGCAAUCACCGUAGCCGUCAACUCCAUACCAAACAGUGCAGGCAGAACAAAGAAGGAGCUCAAACAUCGGUGGAAGGACUUGACACAUAGGAUGAGGCUACUAGAAAAGAAGAUCAAAGACUCCGAAGACGAGAAAGCAAGAGUGAACAUUUCCCCCUAUUAUUACCUAGUCAUGAAGAUUCUAGGAGAAAAGAAUGAAUUCAAUGGGUAUUCAAUAACAGCUGGGGAAGAGAAAAAUGAAUCCACUUUUGUGGGUUUGGAGGACAGUGGUCCUGAAUUGGCAAUAUCUUCUGACCAGGAUGUCAAACCUGAUAAAAACCUUUUGUAUGCUUUGGUAUCAAACUCCUCUGAAGUUUGUGCAAAUGGCUAUCCUUCUAUUGCAGACGCUAAUAACGGCAUGGUGUCAGAUUGCGCCAGUGCUAUAGGCUUGCCUGAGCCAAGUAGUUUUUGUUCUUCCGGUCCAAAUGUAUCUCCUUCCAAGUCUAGAAAGACCUCUCGUCGGGCACAGCCUUCCAUUUCCUCUUCAAGGAAGUCUCUAGCACACUCAAAGUCUAGUUUAAUAUUGGAAAAAAAAGCAGCCACUAGAAGCUCGUCAGCUCGACAUGGUCAUGCAGUCACGAGGCAGUCUCUGCCUACAAUGAGGCUUGACCCGUAUACGCAAGAAGUGUUGGCUAUCGAUGAACUAGAAACAGAUUCGGACACUGAAGAUGACAUUUACUUUCAGCCUCAGACAACUGAAUAUAACAAGUCGAAAUGUCCCAUUCUUGAAAAUGGAGAUGUUACAGCUACAUCCAGAAGGUAUACAGGCAGCCGGUCUCCUAGAAAGAGAAAGCUUUCCUGCGAUGAGAGCUACCUGCAGUCCUUAUCUCUGGAAGAACUGAAACAUGUGUAUCUCAUCAAAAAGAUCCAGAUGGUUUCUCAGAGGACUAGGUGUUUAAAACUGUUGGAAGACAAAUUGGAAUACCAGCUUCAGCACUUGCAUCAUCCUCAUUGAUCACCGUGGCUUGCUGUUAGCAGCAGAUAGAUGUCUGGCUGUUCAGGUAGAUCACUGUGACUUGCUGUUAGCAGCAGAUAGAUGUCUGGCUGUUCAGGUAGAUCACUGUGACUUGCUGUUAGCAGCAGAUAGAUGUCUGGCUGUUCAGGUAGAUCACUGUGACUUGCUGUUAGCAGCUGAUAGAUGUCUGGCUGUUCAGGUAGAUCACUGUGACUUGCUGUUAGCAGCAGAUAGAUGUCUGGCUGUUCAGGUAGAUCACUGUGACUUGCUGUUAGCAGCAGAUAGAUGUCUGGCUGUUCAGGUAGAUCACUGUGACUUGCUGUUAGCAGCUGAUAGAUGUCUGGCUGUUCAGGUAGAUCACUGUGACUUGCUGUUAGCAGCAGAUAGAUGUCUGGCUGUUCAGGUAGAUCACUGUGACUUGCUGUUAGCAGCAGAUAGAUGUCUGGCUGUUCAGGUAGAUCACUGUGACUUGCUGUUAGCAGCAGAUAGAUGUCUGGCUGUUCAGGUAGAUCACUGUGACUUGCUGUUAGCAGCAGAUAGAUGUCUGGCUGUUCAGGUAGAUCACUGUGACUUGCUGUUAGCAGCUGAUAGAUGUCUGGCUGUUCAGGUAGAUCACUGUGACUUGCUGUUAGCAGCUGAUAAUGACAGGCAGAUCAGAUUGUUAGUGCAAAGCUAAAAUUC